GCAACAGCAACCUAUCCACAGGGCCCAUCCUAACAGCUGGUGAGUAUCAGGGACUUCUGUUCAGGGACUUUCCUCUAUCCCUGAGCUACCUGAAGACUCUCAUCCCAUCUAAGGCCUGCUUCCUGUGUCAGCUCAUCUUGUGUCCAGAAGCCCAGAGAUCAGACAGAGCUGCCAACAGAGACCCCAGAAUUCCAGUCUUUGAGGCUGAGCUGCAGGAGGGCUCAUACAAGAAAACAAAGGUGUUUGGUCACAAGUUCUGGAACAGGGUUUCCCACCCCUGGCUGAGACUCCUCUCUCUUUCAGUCCAGAGUAAAAUCACUGACAUACAACUUCCUGAAGACUCUGAGGAGCCAGUGCCCAGGGAGAGAGGUCCUCAGAAGAGAUCCUGCCCAGCUACUGCCAUCAAGAAAGAAAUCAAGUAUGCUUCUCUGAAGAUCCCACAGCCAAAGUCCAGCAUGGAGCUGUACAGUCUGAACCCACCUAAUGAAGACCCCCUGAAAGAGAUGUACACCCAGGGCAAACCCUCCAGGCUCGGGAGGGCAGGGGCCACCUCUCCUCCUUCUACCUUGUCAAGGGAAUUACUGAGCUCAAAGAAUAGGGACCUCCCCAAGCCCACACUCAGAGCUGAGCCAGGCUCUAUGGUUGCCAAAGGGAUGGAGGUGAUCAUGUUAUGUGAGGGAAAACAAGAUGCCAUGGAAUAUUAUCUCCAUAUAGAGGUAGCUUCAGAUCCCUGGUGCAGACAGAUCCCAUGGAAGCCUGGAAACAGGGCUGAGUUCCCCAUCCCAUAUACUACACAGUAUUAUGCAAGGCGAUAUCACUGUUCCUAUAAGACUCCUGAUGGCUGGUCAGAGUACAAUGAUCCUCUGGUUCUGGUUAUGACAGAUAAAUAUAACAAAACCAGCCUCUCAGCCAAGCACAGCCCUACAGCAACCCCAGGAGGGUAUAUCGUCCUCCAGUACAGAGGUGGUGGCUCAGAUGCUAUUGCUAUGACCUGUGUGUGGAACCUACAGAUGUGGUCAGAACCCAGUGACCCCCUGAAGCUGGUCAUCUCAGACUCACCUGCUUCCUUACAAGGAACACCCCCCCAAAAAAACCCCAACAUCUGGGCUGAGCCAGGUUCUGUGGUCACCUCAGGGAGUCCUGUGACCAUCUGAUGUCAGGGGACCCUGAAUGGCCUAAAAUAUAUUCUGCCUAAAGAGGGAGGCCCAGUAUCCUGGGAAACACCGACUGCAGUGGAGCUGAGGAACAAGGCUGAGUUCUUCUUCUGAUCCAUGACAGAGCAACAUGCAGGGCGAUAUUGUUGUUACUAUUACAGCCCUGCUGGCUGGACUCAGUGCAUUGAUGUCCUGGAGCUCGUGGUGACAGGGGAGGGGACACUUAGGGCCAUCUACAACAGUAAACCCAACCUGUCAGCCCUACCCAGCCCUGUGGUGACCUCAGGAAUGAAUGCCACCCUCCAUUGUGUCUCAGAACAUGGAUUCGACAGGUUCAUUCUGACCAGUGAAGAACUGAAGCUCUUCAGGACUAUGGCCUCACAACACUUAUCGAUGGAUCGGUUCCAGGCUCCGUUCACUGUGGGCUCUGUGAACCCCAGCAGCAGGAGAACCUUCAGAUGUUAUGGCUGUUACAAGAGAAAGCCACAGGUGUGGUCAGAACCCAGCAACCCCCGGAAAUACACAUCUCAGGUGUGUGUGAGGGGCAAGAUCCUGAUCCAUGAGUCCAUCUUCCAUCCAGGGCUGUCCAAGGAGCCCUUGCUACUGACCCAACCAGGACCUCUCCUGGACCCUGGAGAGAUUCUGAUUCUCAAAUGUUGCUCGGACAUCAGCUACGACAGAUUUUCCCUGUACAUAGAGGAGGAAACUGGCCUCCCCCAGAGUCUUGUAACUCGUCUCUUUUAUGAAAGAUUUCCACUGGGUCCAUGA